UCUGAUCUCUGUCCCCUCUGUAAUUUCUCCCGUUUGCCGUCGUGCUCCUUCAAGAUGAGUCACCGUAAGGAUGACCCCAAGAAGCCGGUGCACUUGACUGCUGUUAUGGGCUACAAGGCUGGUAUGACACACGUUGUUCGUGACCUUGACCGUCCUGGAUCGAAGAUGCACAAGAAGGAGAUCGUUGAGGCCGUCUCUAUCAUCGAGACUCCCCCCAUGAUUGUCGUUGGUGUUGUUGGUUACGUUGAGACUCCCCGUGGCCUGCGCACUCUCACCACCGUCUGGGCCUCCCACCUUUCCGAUGAAAUCAAGAGGAGAUUCUACAAGAACUGGUACCGCUCGAAGAAGAAGGCGUUCACCCGGUACGCCAAGAAGCAUGCUGAGGACAGCGGCAAGUCCACUGCCCGGGAGAUCGAGCGUAUCCGCAAGUACUGCACGGUCGUCCGUGUCCUCGCACACACCCAGAUCCGCAAGACCGGUCUCUCGCAGAAGAAGGCCCAUCUUAUGGAGAUCCAGGUCAACGGAGGCUCCAUCGCCGACAAGGUCGAGUUUGCGCAGGGCCUGUUCGAGAAGCCUUUCGAGGUUUCGUCGGUGUUCGAGCAGGACGAGUGUGUCGAUGUUAUUGCUGUUACGAAGGGUCACGGAUUUGAGGGUGUUACACACCGUUGGGGAACGAAGAAGCUGCCGAGGAAGACACACAAGGGUCUCCGCAAGGUCGCUUGUAUCGGUGCAUGGCAUCCUUCCAAAGUCAUGUUCUCGGUUGCUCGUGCCGGUCAAAACGGUUACCACCACCGAACAGAGAUCAACAAGAAGAUCUACCGUGUUGGCUCUGGUGUCGAUGACGGCAAUGCGUCGACAGAGUCUGAUGUGACCAAGAAGUCUAUCACACCUAUGGGUGGUUUCCCCCACUACGGUAUCGUCAAGAACGACUUCCUGAUGCUCAAGGGCUCUAUCCCCGGUACCAAGAAGCGUGUCAUCACCAUCCGUAAAUCGCUCAUGGUCCACACCUCUCGCCGUGACCUCGAGAAGGUCCAGCUAAAAUUCAUCGACACUUCUUCCAAGUUCGGCCACGGUUCGUUCCAGACAUUCGAGGAGAAGGCGGCCUUCCUUGGUGUUCUCAAGGUCAAGUCGCAGUAGAUGUUUGUACCUAUGCAUACGCCAUGUCCACACUAUCUUUCUGCUACUCCAUAUGUGCUAUGCAUCAUCAGUUCCCUGGGAAUUGCCUGAAAGUUCAAGUCGGGAUGGAUUUUGAAGGACCCGCGAAGGCACGUGAUGCAUCACGCUUGUGUAACAGUCACACACAUACGCUUCCUGGAAAAAGUUGCUGGCGCGUCCCACGACGUGAAUAGAAUCUCAGGAGGCAACCAAGGCCACUGUGGGGGUGAUUUUCACGCUGGGAUUGAUGACUUUAGUUGAUGCGCAGAGCCUCUUCGCUGGGCACUGUCCUCCAUCCAGCGCGCUCUGUUCGGCAUACGCAUCCUCCUCCGCCAUGUGCCGUACUGAUCCGGAGAUAUCGUUCAAUGCCGGCUCGUCCGAGCGACCAAGAGCGGAUGGGCACUGGCGUAUCCCGUGGAGAAGACGCAGAACCCCCGGCACCGGCGACCUCAGUCUCACCAGCUGCCAGCAAACUUGGAAAAAGACCUGGUGGAUUCCACCUCCCCGACCCUGCCCCUCUUCCGCUUUCCCUUUCCUCCUCUCGCUUCCAACUUGUUACACAGCAAGCCGCCAAGUACCCGACCGGAAAAGCCUGGCAGCGUCUGCCGCUCCCUAUCAUUCACACGAAAAUCAUCAAAUUCCAGCAGACCAUCCGUCUGGGUGGGGGCUGCGACGAUCCUUUCGACGACCUCGAUCUGCCGUUGCUGUUCGACAUCGAGCGGUCCGUGCGUAUGCGUGUCGACAGAGUCGCGUGGAGGAGGGACCUUCUGCGCGUCUUGGGCAACACGCAAUCGUACCCGCAAGGCUGGAUGGCGUACAACGCGCUCAUGUCCAUUCCGUUUUCCAUUCCGCACCGACACUUGAACCGGCUCGUGCGCCUGAUGACGCAAGAAGGGACGAAGACGCGCAAACUUUUCGGCCGCAUGUUGUCGGUGUUUACCUCGAUCCACCGGAAUGGGUGGGCGAUCGAGGGAUACCAGUGGAACAUCCUGAUCGACACUGCAGGGAAGGGCUUCCGGAAAGCGAGACAAGAGGAUUUCAAGCGCGCGUUUGACGUCUUCACGGACAUGGUGUCGGCGAGAGCGCCCGGCGCGACUAUGUCCUCUGAAUACAGCGCGACUUGGGGGUAUGAUGAGGAUGCAGGCGGUCACGAGCAGAAUGUCCUGCCCGACGUGUAUACUUACUCAACACUCAUCAAUCAUGCUGUGAACACUCGCCACGGCGACACAGUCCGACAAUCGACAUCCCUCCUGACCGCAUCGAGACUCUCUCCGAGCCGGGUCACCCAUCUUACACUGCUGAAACAUCAUACAAACGAGGGAAACCUUGCGGGCGUGCGCGCGAGUCUGCUCAAAUUGCGAGAGCAGCAGCAAGAAUUAGGGAUCGACGGGCUGAAUGCCUGCAUGUGGGCAUUCUCGCGCCUUGGUUAUAUGGAGGUGGCGCUGAACAUAUACCGUGUCCUGCGGCACAACAUGGUUGCCGAGACCCUGGUGGGGAUCGACGAUAUCUUCAUCGUGUGGCGGUCCCUGCAGAAUGAGGGGAUCGAGAUCCCUGAGUCGAUGGUGCCCAACGAAGUGACGUACACGACUGUCGUGCAAGUCGCCGCCUACCACGGCGAUCUCAAGACUGCGCUCACUGCCUUUCAAGACAUGUUGUCCUCUCAGAAUUCGGAGAUCGGCGCUCGGAUCUACAGAGACGAGUUUGGUAAACUACAGCCUGUGGUUUACUCGCCCACGCUCCCCGUUUUCCGGGCCAUUUUCUUGGGAUUCUCGCGGCACGGCGUGGUCGAAUCUACGGCAGAAGAGACACAGCCGUGGGACUUGAGCAGCCUGCAUUCCAUGUUUGAUGUAUUCUUGGCCCUGCCGGAACACGUGAAGCCGAAUGUGUCUGUCCUGUACUGGGUUCUCACUGCGUUUGACAAGACGAGUAACCGAGAUCUUGCGCUCCUGCGUUCAGUCUGGACUCGUCUCGAGGACCGAUUCGGAGAGAACUGGGGCGGGAAGGGGCACCGAUUGCGCCGCAUUCGGGAGUCGCUGUUUACAGACGGCGUGUCGAAUCAUCACAACCUGGAAUAGUGCUAUAUACAUACAUACAAUCUACGCAUUCUGCUGAUUUCUCCAACCAAUGUAUUCGGCCCAUGUCACACUGUGCUUGCGUGACUGGUACCGUUGCAACUUGAUGCUCCGACGCAGAUCCUCUGUGAUCGUGCCAUUCCAUCCCGCUUUCUCGAUCGCGCUAUCUACCGCCUCCCGCUUAUCCCAGCCCUGUUCCGGUGCGAUUUCCGGCAGGUACGUCGCACUGAACUUCUGGCGCGAUGUGAUUGGCGGCAGAUGCGUCGCCGAGGAGAGGGGCGAAGGUGUGACCGAGGUCGCAGUGAGCAGCGAUGGGUGAGGGAAGGAGAUCGAUAUCCCGUGUGUGCCGAGAGUCCAGUCUAGAUACGAGUCCGCGUCUUCGAAGUCGGUCAGAAGCGAGACCCUGUGGCUGUGAGAGGACGCGCGGCACCCCGGUAGGCGGGAGGGGCUUACGCGCAUUCGAGCGUCUCCAGCUCGCUGCGCUCUAUGCGGCGGAACCGGUGAUCUCGGAACGCGCUGACGAGCGCGAACUCGGCCAAACCGUCGUGCAGCGUCAGAGCCUGGAAACUGCCUAUGCAGCCGCGCAGUCGAGGGGGGCGAUUGGAGCGAAGGGUGUUCCAUGUGACGAAGAGAGGACUGUCAUCGAAUAUCUAGCGCGAGAUCUAAUACAGUGAACGAGCAUAGACUGACUACUUGUCGUCAGCGAAGCUGGGCUUGAUCGGUGUUGCCGACGUAAGUGCGCAGUACAGCGCGUCAAAGGCGUGGAAGCAAUGUUCUGCGGUGCAUACAGAGUCACUGGACUCAUCUACCAACUCGGGGACCGGGGACAUGGGGGGCAGAGGCAGACCAAUAAGAGCCUAAUCGGGGAAAGUCACGGACAAACAAGGGCGUUAGAGCAUGAUUGGGCUCAAGUUUAAACGACACAAUCCGAGAUUCGGACGGCCGGAAAGAGCUUGUG